AUGCCGCCAAAGAAAUCUGAUGGACAGAAUAUACGCGUAGCCGUUCGUUCCAGGCCACUUAAUGCAAAUGAGAUUGCGAACGGAGAUCUCAACAUUGUCGAGUCUUGCAGAGACCAUAAAAUUACGUUGAGGGACAAAUCAACUUCCACGAGGUCGUAUGUUUUUGACAGGGUCUUUGGCCCACGAUCAAAGCAGGCGGAGGUUUAUAAUGAAAUGGUUGCACCUGUUGUGCUUGAGGUUAUUGAGGGAUACAAUUGCACCAUUUUUGCGUACGGACAGACUGGCACCGGGAAAACGUACACGAUGACAGGCGAACGGUCAGACGCCCUUAGGUACACCUGGGAAAAUGAUCCGACGGCGGGGAUUGUGCCCAGAGCAUUAAAUCAAAUUUUUAGUGUCUUGGAGUCUAUGGGAUCGGUGGUAGUGAAAGGCCUCAGGGAGGUCGCGGUCCUGAACAAGGAGGAGGUUUAUGAUAUCCUGGAAAGAGGACUUGCCCGACGUCAAACAGCCUGCACUAUAUUGAAUGCUCAGUCUAGCCGUUCGCACUCCGUUUUUACUGUGACCGUUCACAUCAAAGAGAUUUGCCCUAAAGAUGGAGAGGUUUUCCUCAAAAUAGGGAAAUUAAAUCUAGUUGACUUGGCUGGAAGUGAAAAUAUAGGUAGAUCUGGUGCUUUGGACAAGCGGGCUCGGGAGGCCGGAUCGAUAAAUCAGAGUCUUCUCACCCUAGGCCGUGUUAUAACUUGUCUCGUCGACCAUGCUCCGCAUAUUCCAUAUCGUGAAAGCAAACUAACACGUUUGUUACAGGAUUCUUUGGGUGGUCGCACCAAAACAUCAAUAAUUGCUACAGUGAGCCCCGCGAACUCGUGCCUUGAAGAGACCUUGUCCACAUUGGACUACGCUCACCGAGCAAAGAACAUACAGAACCGACCCGAAAUAAACCAAAAACUUAACAAAAAAGAGCUGAUCAAAGGGUAUAACGAAGAACUUGAACGUCUCAGGCGCGAUCUGGAGGCCUCUCGUUCUAAGACAGGAAUCUUUAUCGAUGCCGAUAAUUACCAAACCAUUCAGUUACAGUUGAGCCAACAACGAGCCAGGAUCGAUGAUUUAGAAGAAAGAAGAGAGCUUCUAACCUCUGAUUUAGAGGCCGUUAAAAACGAUUUUGAACUCUCUCGUCAGGAACUUGCUGAGAUUAGAGCUGCGAAGGAAAAGGUCGAGGAGGAAUUUCGCAAGUGUGCGGACGACCUUCACGCCACUACGCGUCGCCUUCAGAAGAUUGAACGGAAGUGGAAGGAAGAAGAGUUUCUACGUUCACAGCAUCAAUCAACAGAAUCGAAGCUGAGUAAACAGGCGCGCACCAUUAUUUCAGUCGCUUCUGUCUACCACGACGACGUACAGCGCCUUCACGAGAAGCUUGAACGCGUAGACCUACUAGAUCGCGAGAACCGCGAGGUUAUCGAGUCGAUUUCCUCUACCUGGCUGUCACAACAGCUACAGGAGCCCAUCAACCUACUGCAGUGCUGCAGAUCCGAGAUGGAUAGCCAGUUCCAGAACUUGAGCAAAAAAUUCGGUAAGCUUCAUGUCGCAUGUUCGGCGGAGGUGAACAGAAACAGUUUGUGUCUCUGUUCAAAAUACCGGGGUCUAGCAGGCGGCUUUCAGGGCUUGCGAUGUGCAUUCCUCUUUAUAAAAAUUGUUCUAGUACUGGACACAGUUGCAAACAGGCCCAACAUACUCGAACGACUUACGAAGGAAGUGAAACGCGAUGAUGCAGUCUGUUUUCAUAAUGAAAUUGGAGUGUUAAGCUUUACUCUGAAGCUCUUGUAUUUAGUUCUUACUAGCGGCGCCCCAGCCAUCAAAAAUAACUGA